UGUGCUGAACUGCUGGUCCUAUAAAAACCCUGCGCCCCUCGCUCUAUAUGCUCCCCCACCCCCAACGAGAGCCUGUCGUCGUCGUCUCCAACGCGACGCGCCAACGCCAAGCCGGCGAGAGCUAGCAGACAACAAGAGACAAGACACCACACAGAGAGCCAUGGGCAUCUUCACGGUGACCAAGCUGUCCGAGGGCCCGGUGCGGCCGUCCGCCGACACGCCGUCGGAGACGUUGCCCCUGGCCUGGGUCGACCGGUACCCGACGCACCGCGGCCUCGUCGAGUCCACGCACAUCUACUGCUCCGGCGACGACGUCGCGAAGAUGCUGCUGCCUCCGCAGGCGCCGGCGGCCGCGACGAAGAAGAAGGAGGUGACCACCAAGAGCAAGAAGUCCCCGGCCGCGGUGGUGCGCGGCGCGCUGGCGGACGCGCUGGUGCUCUACUACCCGUUCGCCGGGCGGAUCGUGGAGGACGUGCCGGGGCGCCCCGCCGUGCUGUGCUCCGCCGAGGGCGUCUACUUCGUGGAGGCCGCCGCCAACUGCACCCUCGCCGACGUCAACUUCCUGGAGCGGCCGCUGCUCCUCGCCAAGGAGCAGCUCGUGCCGUGCCCGACGCCGGACCUCUGGCCCGUCGAGCCGCACAACAGCCUCGCCAUGAUACAGGUCACGACCUUCACCUGCGGCGGCUUCGUGGUCGGCCUCCGCACCAACCACGCGGUGGCGGACGGCACGGGCGCGGCGCAGUUCCUGAACGCCGUCGGCGAUCUCGCCCGCGGGCUGCCGGAGCCCCGCGUGAAGCCCAUCUGGGGCCGUGACCGGUUCCCCGACCCGGACAUCAAGCCCGGCCCGCUCCCGGAGCUUCCGGUGCUGGCGCUGGAGUACAUCGCGUUCGACUUCCCCACCGCGUACCUGGACAAGCUCAAGUCGCAGUACGCGGCGUCCACGGGCGGCAAGAUCUGCUCGGGCUUCGACAUCGUCAUCGCCAAGCUCUGGCAGUGCCGGACGCGCGCCAUCAUCGACGCCGCCGCCGGCGCUGACGACGUCAGGCUCUGCUUCUUCGCCAGCGUCCGCCACGUGCUGAAGCUGGAGCCGGGCUACUACGGCAACGCCAUCUUCCCCGUGAAGGUGCAGGCGCCGGCGGAGAAGGUGGCCGGCUCGUCGGUGGUCGAGCUCGUCGGCAUGGUGCGGGAGGCGAAGCGGCGGAUGGCCGAGGAGUGCCUGCGCUGGGCCGAGGACCGCACCGGCGGCGUCGACCCGUUCCAGAUGACCUUCAACUACGAGUCCGUGUACGUGUCGGACUGGAGCAAGCUAGGGUUCACCGACGUGGACUACGGGUACGGCGCGCCGAUGUCCGCCGGCCCGCUGGUGAACUGCGACCUCAUCGCGUCGGUCAUCGUCAUGAGGGCGCCCGCGCCGCUCGCCGGCACGCGGCUUCUGGCCAGCUGCGUCACCAAGGAGCACGCCGACGAGUUCGCCCGCAGGAUGCGCGAGGACCUCGUCUGAUACGAGAGCGCGCGCGAGCAUGAUGAACUGAUGAAGGAACCCCUGCCGCUGUACCUACGUUUGAGAUGUGAUCGUCAGACCUAUACGUACGUUGUGGACGCUAAAGGUAUUGUAUUUGCUGCUGUCUGGAUCGCAACUACUAGUAGAUGGCACUACGUGUGCGUAUACAAACAAAUUUCUCGAGGAGUUGUUGAGUGGUGACUGACGAUAUGCAGCGUCAGUUAGAAGCGUUGACGGGGAAAAAAACACUCCAUGAAAAUUUGUUCGUACGACUCGUACACUUUC